AUGUUCAAGGCCCUGAUGGGCGGGGGCCGCUCGUCCUCCGACGUUCGCAGUUCUAGGAGCAGCCGGCGCAGGUCCGAAAGGUCCGACAGGUCUGACACAAGAUCUAUCUCAAGUCGCAAUCCUGCACGGGGUGACGACCGUGACCGCGGCUUGGGGGAUCUAACGACAUACUCGCCAUCGGGCUCCCGCAGUCAGCGCGGGCCGCCCAGCAUUGCCGGUGAAUCGAUCGCAUCUACCUAUGUGACCGCUGAGCCGGAACCCAUGAACGAAGAUGAUCGCUACAUUGUUGAGCGCUCCUCAUCGCGCAGAGAUAGCGAACGCGAAAGCAAGAGUUCUCGCCGGCGCGACCGCGACCGAUCUGACAGUCUGGAGCGAGAGAACCGAAGAAGCCGCCGAGGAACGCAAGAUACCUUGGACGAUGACUUAGAUCGGGAGCGCGACCGUCGCGAUCGUCAUCGCACCCAGCCAGGGGAUCCAUAUGUGGCACCAAUCUACACAAAUAUUCCCGUCAGCGCUCCCGGCGCACAAUUUGCCGCUGAGAUUGGCGCCCCGGGAUUCUCGCAAUUUCCCAUGCAGUAUGACAAUGCCAUGCCGUCUGCAGGCCCUUCGCCAGCGUACGAGGUGCCUUAUGACCCGCAUGUACAGCAACAGUUCCCCGGCCAGUUCCCGGAACAAAGCGCCGCACCUUAUCGGCCGCCUAAUCCUGCUGGCGCUGCUGCUGAUUACUACGGGGAUCAGGGUCAAUCUGUUGAACAUCAGCCUGGUAUUCGCCCAGAUCGUCCAAGUGUGCUUCCCAAUACUCAGGCGCAUUUGAUGGCCGCAUCUCCAUCGGCCAACCCGCCUCCAGAGCCUAGUAGUAUGGGCCAGACUGGUGCGGCGGCAGCCUAUUUCGAUGACAAUUUCCAUGCUCCGGCACAACAGGGUCCGCCACCAGAGGUCUCUCAAGCUAGGCCCCCGAAGCCGUCGAAGCCGUCGAAGCCUACCUCAUCUGGUGUUCUUCCUGCUGCCGCUGUUGGAGCUGCUGCUUACGGCAUUGGUGGAAUGAUGUCGCACUCCGAGUCAUAUUCCUCUGAACAACACCAUACUUCGUACAAUCAGCAAACCCAGCCAAUGACCCACGCUCAGCCGAUGGCCCACGCUCAGCCGAUGGUCUACAACCAGCCGAUGACAAGUGCUGCCCACGAAUCUCCCUCCAAGCCGUCCCAUUCUCAUAGCUUCAGCGAAGGCGUUGGUAUCGCCGCUGCGGGUGCCGCAACGGGAUACAUGGUGGGUCAUCACCAUCAUUCCUCAGGUUCGGAGCAUGCGUCGCCAUACCCUUACCACAACUAUGAGCAAUCUUCCCAAGCUGGCAUGCCACCAUAUGCGCCUGGUCAUAAUAACGCCAUGUAUGCCGCAGGCGCAGGAGGUUUGGCUGCUCAUGUUGCUGCCCAUCAUCACCCCGGUUUCUACCCCCACACACUCAGCGCACUGGCCUUCCAAGAACGUCAGCGCGGAGCCAUGGGGAGAUUCGUUGAUUUCUGGCGUGAUCCCGAGGGUGUUGGAAGAUUCGAGGAUUACACUGAAAGCAUCGGUGUCUGCAAGUAUUGUUUUGCACCUGGCACGACCUCCAUUGAUGCCCCUCGAAAGCACAAUUAUAACAGUCGCCGCCGAAACUCCGGCGAUCGUUACAGCACCAGUGGGAGCUCCAGGAUCAGCAAAAACAGUCGAUACAAUUCCUCCGAAGAGGACAACCGCCGAAGGCCAAAACACAAGAGGUCAUCCUCGUGGCUACCUGGUAUGAUUGCUGGUUAUGCGACUAAGUCGAUCUUCUCAAACAAGGAGUUCGAUGAUUCUUACAGUGUUCAUUCCGGCCGAAGGGGCUCAGCCCACGCCGAGGAAGAUGACCGCAGAAGCUAUAGCUCUCAUGGUGUGACUCGUCGCUCUGGUCGCAGUCCUCACAGAGACCAUUAUGCUCACUCCGCGCAUACACACUCAGUGCAUGCAUCCCAUCCUGCAUACUCUCGACGCGCACGCUCGCGAUCCAGGUCUUCCUCUCGAUCUGGCCGCAGUUCGUAUUUGAAAGAGGCUGCGAUCGGCGCGGCCGUGGGAGGGGCAGCUCUGGCAGUUUCGAAAUCGCGUAACCGCUCCCGCAGUCGGUCCCCUGGAAGAGGUCGAAAGGAUUCGUCCUCAUCGUCGUCCUUUGUCAGUCUUUCCAGACCCGCCAAGAAAUCCGUUGUCGGUGGUAUUGGAUCGUUCUUCACUGCCUCUUCCGAGAACCGGAAGAAGCGCCACUCCAAGAAGAAGAGCGGUUUCUUCUCUUUCAAAGGCUCUUCAUCAUCAUCCUUGGAUAAUGAUCUUGCAUUCGGAGAUGGUUUCUCGAAGAAGCGCUCAAAGCUCCAGAAGAAGAAAAAGAAGAGCAAAGAUGUCGAUGCUGCUUUGCUGGAGCUUAGCGACACCGCGAACCGCCUAGCUGGCUCAUCGCAUCACGGUCCCAGCCGUAGUGCAGGUGAGAUGUACACGGCUCAAUCCCGUCAUUCCAGGACUUCUUCUUCUGCCAAGAAUGAUGAUGAGUGGAUUGAUGCCGAGUCGGAUGAGCGCUCUUCUUCAAGUGUUAGUUCCGCCCUUGCGUUUGGAGGAAGCAGCGCUGAGUCUUCAUCCGAUUCUGGCAAAAGCACCUGGGGCUUCAGAUGGGGAAGCAAGAAGGACAAGAAGAGAAAGGAGAAAAGGUCGAGUGCGACCAAUGCUGCUCUGGCAGUUGGCGCCGGAGCUCUUGGAGCUGCUGCAAUCUCUUCUGCUCGCCGCCGUGAUAGUAACGUCCCGAGCAGCUCUGGCAGUCUCCAACACGUUCACCCAAUGCCAACUUCUGAUCCUUCCCGCUUUGAUGUUGCCAGAAUGUCCCCAUCUAAGUCUGGCGAGGAACCCACUCUGAUCCGCCCGGGACCCAUUCCUCUUCAGCAGCCCCAGCCCUUCACUCCUGUCUCCCAAUCCGUGUACACCACCCAGGGACCUGUGCCAGGAUCGAUUCCUGUGUAUAGCGGCCCUGUAGUGUCUCCCCUGUAUGCCAGCGGAUUUGACAAAUAUGAUCCGCAAUUGCAUGGUCCUCGUGACGCGGUUUGGGCUAUAGAAGAUCCAGCCAAUGCCGAUCGCCCGAGAUUGCAUCGACGUAGCGAUUCGUCUCCGGUUUAUUCCACCCGGGAAACUGCUUCUAGCCUCAAGCGACGGUCUACCACGAAGGAUCAAGCAUCCGUGCAAUUCGACCUGACGGAAGAGCAAGCUGAAAGGGAACGCCACCUCAUUCGUCGCGACAGGAACUACCGAGAUGAAUAUGUUGAUCAACCCGUCCAACUCAUUGACCGAGAGGAAGAGCAACUUCGUGAUCGUCGCCGAAAGGAGCAAGAUAAUGACGACCGACGAUAUGGCGGAGACAGAGCCAGUGACUCCUCCUCUUGGGUUGGUGCAGCCGCAGCCGGAGCUGUCGGUGCGGCAGCUGCCAGUACUAUGAUAUCACGCAAGACCGAGGAUGAUGAAGCCUCCGAGGCCAGCCAGCGAUACAGUGAGCGCCGAGAGAAACGUCGUGCUGAGCGGAAGCGUGAUAUCGAUACAGCGUCCAUUCCCUCGAUUGUAUCACGAUUCGAGCCCGUUCAACCCACUGAGAAGGAAGUACCUUCGGUGGAACACCGCGAAGACCAGAAGAAACGCUCUCCACGAUCUCCACGCCCAGCACCUGUUUAUGAUGAUUACGCCAAAUUUUACGCCCCUGAAGAGUUACGACACAGCCCGGAUGUUCAUGCCCAGAAGCAAGGCUCCACCGAUAUGCCCACUAUUGUGGAGGUGGAGCCAGCCAGCGAACGUCAAACAAAUGAAAAGUCUGCGCCUGUAGAGCCAGAAUAUUCAGACUAUUCAUACGAACCUUACCAAAAUGUGGAACGCCUGCCAUGGCCAGUCCCGCGAUUCAACAUUAUCAAGCCAACUCCACCCCAGAGCAUGAAUGGUGGUUCUGUCCGCGAUGUCACGUCCCCAGUCCCUAUUGUAAAUGAAUCUGAUGACGCAAAGCCCCGCGACCGACCGACGACUGGCUCUCGGGUCUCCUGGGGCGAACAUGAAACUCACGAAUACGAAAUACCCUCUUCCUCUGAACAGGAUCCUCUGGAACAUGAUAUUUCCCCCACGGAAAUCUCAGCCAAGGAUGUUCCUCUCCCAAAAUCCGAGAUUUCUCAGAGCAAGGGUGUCACUGACAAAUCUGGUUAUGGCACCGAUAUUGAAUUUGCUGCCACACUUGCUGCUGCAACUGCCGCUGCUGGGUUCGAUCCUUCUCUGAUCACAGACGACCCAUCAUACCAUACCCGCACUUCGCCUCCUGGAUCCGAGGAUGAGCGAACCUUCACUUCACCGUGGACUGCAUAUGUUCGCAAGGAGCCUCACGGUUUCAUCGAGGGGGAGGUUGAAGAAGUUGAUCCCAAGUCAACUAAGGACAUUCCUUCAGCCACCGAUCAAAUCGUCCAAGACAAUGAUGAUCUUUCUUUCACCGAAGGAGAGUCCUUCUCAAGGGAUCGAGAUAUCUACCCCGAACGCCGCGAGAGAUCGUCGAUCGCCCAGGAGGUGAUCGAGCAGCUUAACGGUAAAUAUGGCAAGCGCGAGAAUUCCGCUUCCCCCGAGAAAGAGGUCGAUGUCUUCUCAAUGCCCGGUGGGUUUGAUGUUGCCGACACUAAGGAACUGAUCGAUGAGAACACUGUUCCUUCGGCGCCGGCGCCUGCUGCUAUGGAUCCAGAGACCCCAACCAAAUUCAAGAAAUCGAGACGCAGCGGCGAUGACUUCGAAAUUUAUGAGUCGCGGGAGGCAUCUCCAUCUCUCGGCGAUUCUUUCUCUGUUAUUACUGCUCCUGUCUCAAAGGACGAGACUUCCAAGUCCAAGUCUAGAAAGUCCAGACACAGUGGCGAUGACUUUGGAAUCGAAUCUCGGGAGGCAGUACCUCUCGAGGCUCAUGAUGAUUCUUUCUCUGUUAUUUCUGCUCCUGUGUCAAAGGAUGAAACCUCAAAGUCCAAGUCACGCAAGUCACGACGCAGCGGUGAUGAUUUCGAGAUCUACGAUUCUCGUGAGCUAUCUGAAUCUCGCGAUGAUGCCCGCUCUGUUACCUCGGUUCCUGCCGCUGAGGAACAUGAGCCAUCUAGGUCAAGAAAGUCGAGACACAGCAGCGAUAAUUUUGACAUCCCUCUGUCACGAGAGGUUUCUGAACCUCAAGACGAGAACCGGUCUGUUUUCUCCGCCCCUGUCUCUAAAGAAGAGACCACCAAAUCUCGCCGAUCUCGUCGCAGUGGAGACGAAUUUGAUAACUCCAGAUCGCGAGAUGUGUCCGAGUCGCGCGAUGACUCUCGCUCUGUCGUCUCUGAAUCAGCUAAGUCUAGGAAAUCUCGUCGCAGCGGCGAUGAUUUCGAUCCGCCUCGUGAUGUUGAGGAUCCCCCUUCCGAUGACGCGGAAGGUGGUGAGGAGAAGAAGAGACGUCGCAAGCGUCGCUCCAAGCGCGAUAGUGACACCUUUUCUGUUGAUGACGAUGCUCGAUCUAUUGCCUCGAUAACGCCUUCCGCCCGGGGCGAUGAGCCCCGCGAGAAGCGCCAGGGCAAGGACGACAAAGAAAAGAGCGGUGGCUUCUUGAGAAGUAUAUUUGGCUCGCAGGUUUCAGCUCCUGCUGAGCGCGUUCGAUCUGACCAUUCUAGGUCUUCCUCGCUGGAUAAGCGCUCAUCCCGCGAAGCAAUGUCUGAAGUUGGUGUCGACGAUGAACGCCGCCACCACAAGAAGCGUUCUUCCAAACACCGCAGUUCCAGCAAUGGAGAUAAGUUAGAUGCCUACAUAUCGGACAAGGAGAAAAGUGCUCAGGAUGACACCAAUCUGGAGGAGUACAGGUCCAGUAGGCAGCAAAAGGAAGAGCGGCGUCGGCAUCGGUACGAGGAAAUUGUUGAUUCAGGGAGGAAACGGGAUUCUGAGAAGAAAUGUACUAAGCUUUUACUGGUAUUAUUCCAUGUGCAGGACAGACAUAGUGACGACUUUGACGAGCAAUCUUCUUUGAGAGAGCACCCCGGAAUUUUAGCCCCUGAACGCGAGGGUCAUGGCGCUUCGGGCGUUCCAGAAUCAGCCGAUGAUCCAGUUGCUGUGGCUACAGGCUCCCAAGCCAGUGAGACCUUCCAACAAAGACCUCGGAGCCGCUCCGCCUCUCCGCCAGCCACAGAAAGGACCCUUGACCUGGGCCCCAAGUCUUCGAGCCGCCCCGCCUCACCUGAAACAAAUCGCUCCCACGAAUCCCGAUCCCCCAAGCAACGCCGUCACUCCAUCGCCAAAUCCACCAAUGAAUCACCCACAGCCGUGCCAAUCCAUUUCCGCCGGCCCCCAACUUCCCCAUGUCUUUCGCGCGCUGUUCCCGCCGAGCCGCCCGCCAUAGUCGCGUCCCCGGGCUCCCCAACCCAACAGCGCAGCCGCCGGCCCACCUCCCUCGAGUUCCGAAACUCACGGGAGAUCCGCCCUCUAUGGCUCGUCGAGCGCCACAGCUUGAUGAAGAGCGAACCUGAGCCCGAGGAGCCCCUACCAUCACUCCCGUCCAGCAAAAACUCCUCCCGCGUUCCAUCCAUCGAGGAUCUGAAAUCCCUCCGCGAGGAUGAUGACAUGAAAAGCUGGGAGCAUGUCGAUCUGAGCCAGUCCCUUAUUGUUAACAAGCGGCCGACUGGCUUGAUGAUCUCAACUGAUUACCAAAAUGAAAAUGACAAGGAUCUUGAUCUCCUCGACUCGCAGCAGGCCACGCCUACCGCUGAGACCUUCGAGGAUGCAGAGUCCAAGAAGGAGAGACCCAGAUAUGAAUUCCACUCUCCCUCGGAGCUCCUCCACGACCCCGCUAUUCUAGAUGUUUUGCCCCCCUCGCCUCAUCUGGCUCCACUGCCUUCUGCAGAGGGCUCGGCUGUUGGCGUCGGCUCUAGAGUGCAAGAAACACAACGUGCCCUUGAUGCUCUUGAAGGUGCAUCCCAGCUGCCUGCUGAGCCGGAAACUCCGACCCAGGAAAAGCACUCGUUCUUCGGGGACGAGGAUGCUAAGGGCGCCGGUUUGGCCGAUGUUGUUGAUUCCGCCACUAUCGCCGCUGUCAAAGACCAUGACGAACCGCGCUCGUUGUCUAUAGAUGAACCCGCUGCCGAGCCUGCUAAAACCCAUGGAUUCGGCGAUAUUGUCGAUGCAGCAGUUGCCGCCAAUGAUUCCUCACAAACUCAUGAGAAGGCAUCUGUUGAUGAUGAGCUCAGUGAGCCUGUCACCGCUAUCGAAGAGAAUGUUCCUCCGCUCGAGUCUGUACAACCAGAGAUUGAAGCAAAGGAAUUAGUACCCGAACCAACUGAAAAACCCCUUGAAUCUUCUGAUCUUCAACCCCAACCUGAGCCAGAAGUUGUUCCUGAGGAGGUUGCCGCUACCCAGUCUUCGAAGAAAAAGAAUAAAAAAAAGAAGGGAAAGAAAAAUCAGUCCCAGACUGCAGACCCGGUUGCACUUGAAGAACCCGUCACACAGGAUGAUGUCUCCAAGGAAGUCGGACAAGAUUCUGCAGAAGUACCCGCGCUCGAAAACGCUCCUGUUGAGCCUGAAGUUGUUCGUCCUGAGCAAUCCGAGGCUGAGGUUGCUGAGGUGUCUCGUGAACUUGAUAUCAACGAGCCUCUAGUUGAGGCUCACCUUGCUGAAGCUUCGGCUGAUGCUCCCUCGGUUGACGCUCCUUUGAUGGACGCCGUCCCGGUUGACGCUCCCCUGGUGGAUGCUGUCCCGGUUGACGCUCCAUUGAUGGACGCUGUCCCGAGUGAUGCUGCUAAUGUCGAGCCUGAAGUUGUUGUUCCUGAGAAAUCUGAGGCUACCCCGGCUGAAGCUGCCCACGUUGAUCCUGAAGUUGCUAUCCCUGAACAACCUGAGACGAACCCCGCCGAAGUUUCGACUGACGCUCCCUCGGUUGACGCUCCCUUAGUGGACGCUGUCCCGGUUGAUGCUGCUGUUGAUGCUGCCAGUCUCGAACCUGAUGUUAUUGUUCCUGAGCAAUCUGAAUCCGCCACCGCUGAAGUUUCGACUGACGCUCCCUCGGUUGACGCUCCCCUAGUGGACGCCGUCCCGAGUGAUGCUAUCAAUGUUGAGCCUGAAGUUGUUAUUCCUGAACAAUCUGAAUCCGCCCGCGCCGAAGUUUCGACUGAAGCUCCCUCGGUUGACGCUCCCCUAGUGGACGCCGUCCCGAGUGAUGCUGCCAGUCUCGAACCCGAAGUUGUUGUUCCUGAGCAAUCUGAAUCCGCCCGCGCUGAAGUUCCGACUGAAGCUCCCUCGGUUGACGCUCUCCUAGUGGACGCCGUCCCGAGUGAUGCUAUCAACGUUGAGCGUGAAGCUGUUAUUCCUGAGCAAUCUGAAUCCGCCACCGCUGAAGUUUCGACAGAAGCUCCCUCGGCUGACGCUCUCUCGAUGGACGCUGUCCCGGUUGACGCUCCCCUAGUGGACGCCGUCCCGGUUGACGCUCCGUCGAUGGACGCUGUCCCGGCUGAUGUUGCCAAACUCGAACCUGAAGUUGCUGUUCUUGAGCAAUUUGAACCCGCGCCCGCUGAAGUUUCGACUGAAGCUCCCUCGGCUGACGCUCCCACGAUGGACGCUGUCCCGGUUGACGCUCCCCUGGUGGACGCCGUCCCGGUUGACGCUCCUUCGAUGGAAGCUGUUCCGGUUGAUGCUGCUAUUAAUGAACCUGUUGAGACAUCCCGCGAACUCGAGACCGAAGUUCCAGCAACCCAAGAAUCAGAUCCCAUCAUCACUCCUGAGGCCGAGGUCACUCAAGCCGCGCCUACCGAUAUUGAACAGGUGGAGGAUACGUCAUCCUCGACUAAGAAGUCUAAGCGCGACAAGAAGAAGAAGAGGAAGUCUAAGAGUGCAUCUACAGCCGAAGAGCCUACUGAUGACAGUGUUGCCACCCAGCUUCAGGAUGACAUUUCGGGCUCUAAGGAAAUUGAUAAUCAGCAAGAAGAAAAGCCAACUGCACUCUCAUCGGAUGAAAUCACUACCUCGAUCGAACCACUCGAAGGAACAGCCGAGCAACAGGAAUCUGGAGACCUCCUUGAACCCGUGGAACAAGUGUCUACCAAGGAAUCCGUCCUACCUGUUUCCCAAGAUUCUCCCCUACCUGCAGAGACACAGGAACACUCAGAGCCUAUCUUCACCGAUGCCAAUGAAAAUCCAAUUCCCGAGGCUACUUCGCUAGAAUCGGAGGAGACAUCCCGCGGCUUCCACGACAUCGAGAAAGCAACCGAGGAUCCCAGCUCAGUUGCCCCUCCUGAUGAUCUGGCCCUUGUAAUUCCUGAGACUCCCAAAGAAGACACCGAGACCGAAGACAAUUUCCAAGAGGCUGUUGAAAAACAAAGCCCACUGUCUACGGAAGAAAAGGAAUCCGUGCCGGAGCCUCGCGUGGAAGUAGCGGCAGAUACUACUGCUGACGCUUCGGAAUCUAAAGCUGAUAAGCGGAAAAAGAAAAAGAAGAACCGCAAAUCUGCUGCUGUCGAGGAGGUUCAAAUUGCCGAGACGCCUGCACCUGAGACCGAACUCCAGUCAGAAAGCCAAGGCCUCGAACCUGAGCAGUCAACUUCUGCUGAACCUGCAGAUACCCAAUCCCCUCCAAUUGGCGGUGAAGCCUUACCUUCCAAACUUGAGCAUAUCGAGCAAGCCCCCAAGGAUGUGGAACCACCUUCAGAAAUCGCCGUUGAAGAUCCUCAGGCCAGCCAAGACCAGCAGCCACUUCAAUUGGAGCCCACGGUGGAUGCAAUGCAUGUCGGGACUGAGGAAGUGGGUCCUGAGGACAUAUCUCAUGAAGUGUCACAGCCAGUUGCCGAGGAGACCCAGCACAACACGACCCUCCAAGAUCCUGUUGAAGAAUCUUCUCGCGAACUUGUCGAGCCUCCCAUUGUCGAGACCCAACCUGACCCUGAAGCCGAGCCUGAAGUUGCUUUGACUGCAGCACAAAAGAAGAAGGCCAAGAAAAACAAGAAGAAGGGCAAGCAAAGUCAAUCUUCCAUUCCCGACGAACAGAACCCUGCGGAAGCUAUCUCGCCGGCACCUGAAACAGAAGCUGCCGCUGAGGACAUGGCAAAGGAACUUCCUGUUGUCACCGAAGACACAUCAUUGGACACUCCUUCCCAGAAAAGUGAAAUGGAACAGCCCAUUCAGGUCACACAGCCUCUUGAACCAACGCAGCCUACGGAGCUCGUGGCACCCGAGGAAGAAGCCACUGCUAGCACACUUCCGGAACCGACGGCAGAGGUAACUGAGGUAGAAAUACCAAAGGAGGAACCUACCGAGCCAGAGGAGCAGGCCAAGGUCGAACAAUCUCCUGCCGAGCCAGAGAUCCCCAUGACCGCCGCGGAGAGGAAAAAGGCCAAGAAGGCCAAAAAGAAGCUGCAAAAAGAGCAGGAACAGGGUGUUGGCUCCACCGCCGAGGCUGUCAAGCCUGCUGAGACCGCGUCUGCACCAGAUGCCGAAGCUACGGAGGCAAGCAAGGAAAUUGCUCCUGCUGCAGACGAUGAAACUCUUGCUCCUGUGGAUGUGUCCGCCCCAUUGGAUACCGAAUCGGCUGAGACUGCACAUGAGGCUGUGCCUACAUCUAUACCUGAGUUCGAAGCAGUUCCAGUAACAGACGAUAUUCUAUCUGCCGCUGAGACUACGGAGGCAGUUCAAGAUGUCGAAGCUCCCACUGAGGCCGAACCCUUGGUAGAGAGCGCUCCCCCAUCAGCAGAGCUUGAGGCUGCAGAAGCAAGUACUGAUGUGCCUCCUGUCUCGGAAGAAGCCCCUGUUCCUGUCGAUGUUCCACAAGAACUUGAUGAACAGGAUGAUGCUUCCAAGGCAGAGGAGCCAAAGAGCGACGACGUCAUCCCAGUCUCUGUCGAAGAAGAUUCAAUCCCCGCUGCAGAGAUCGAUGCUCCUAAGGAACAAUGUGAUCCCGCAGAGCUCGAAGUGCAAAUGACUGCGGCCGAGAAAAAGAAGGCCAAGAAAAACAAGAAGAAACAGCAAAAUCAACAGUCCGUUCAGCUCGACGAGCAGCCUGCAUCUGAGGCCCAACCUACUCCUACUUCUCCCGAGAACCAGAGCUCCGAACAGCCUGGUGAUGUUUUGCCUGAGACCGAAGCCACGCCUGUUGCGGAGGCUCUUGCGAGUGCUGAUGAAGCACCACAGCCUGAGGCAACCGGCGAUCUUGAAUCCGAGAACAAGGCCGAGGAGACACAAGCGCAAGAUGAUCCAGGUGUCGAGAUACCAGCUGCUACCGAGGCACCCGCGGAAGAAAGUGUUUCUACUCCUGAACUUCACGAACAGGCUCCUGAGAUCCCAGAGGAGGCGAAGGAGAUUGUUCCAGAGCCCAUGGCCGAAGCUCUUCCUUCCACUGAAGAUCUGCAGGAAGAACCGAAGAUUGAUUCUCUUGUCGAAGAGCCUGUAUUGGACAAGUCACUCGAUGACAUGGCCGAGCCAGUCCUGGAGGAGACCCCUGCUACAGAAUCUACGGAAACCCCAUUACCAGAGCAGGCCGAAGGUGAACAGGCAGCCACUACUUCGAAAUCAAAGAAGAAAAACAAGAAGAAGAAACGGCAAUCAGUGGUCGCUGAAGAAGACCAGCCUGUGCCCACCGAAGAGGAGCCAGCGGCUACCUCUGUAGCGGAAACAGCCGUGCCUACACCUGCCGAAGAAGAAUCUAAGCCAGAGAUUGCUGAGGGAGAACCUGUUGAGCCCACUCCACCUCAAGAGAUUGAACAGUCUAUUGAUCAGGAAGUGCAAACUCCUGCCGAGCCAGAAGAAGUCAAGGCUGAACAACCCGCUCCCGAGGAGACCACUCAACCGGAGGUUCCAGCCGAGACAGCCACUACCGAGGCAGCUGAAGAGGCAGCAAUGACUCCUGCUCAGAAGCGCAAGGCUAAGAAGGACAAGAAAAAACAGCGUCAAUCGCUUGUCGUGGAAGAAGAACAGUCCGCUCCUGUUGAGGCAGAGUCCAAGCCCACACCCGCCGAGGAAGACAUCACUCCUGCGCCUGCCACUGAAGAGCCCUUGGAAUCUACCCCGACCCUGGAAACCGAGCCAGUAACUCUCGAUGAAGAAAUUGAGACUCCUGCUAAGACCGAAGAAGCACCCGCAGCCCAGGUAACCUCCGAAGAGCCCGCUCAGCAGGAUACCCCAACUGAGGUAGAUGCUACUGAGACUGCCGAGGAGGCGGCGAUGACUCCCGCCCAAAAGCGAAAGGCCAAGAAAGACAAGAAAAAGCAGCGCAAGUCUGUUGCUUUUGAGGACGAUGCCACUGCUUCUCCCGAGGAACCAAAGCCAGAAGAUUCAUCUGUGGCUCAAGAGAAGAGUGAGUCGCAGGAUGAGCCUGCAGCUGACUUGGUUGCCGCCGAAGAAUCUGCCAAGGAGCUUCCAGUGACCGAACAACCCGCCGAGUCUGCCGCUGAAAAGGAAGCCUCGGAAAUCGCAGAAGUCUCCAAUUCCCCCGAACAACUCCAGGAGGUUAUUGAGCAGGAAUCUUCCUCAAUCCCUGAGCCUGAUAGCUCCACUCAGAUUGAAGACCCACAGAUUGCAGUGGACGCUACAGAGCAGGACGCUCAAACCCCCUCAGAGUCACAGCCGCCGAGUGCGCAAGAGCCUGAAGCCCAGGCUGAGGCUGGCAUGACUGCCAAAGAGCGUCGCAAAGCGAAAAAGAACAAGAAAAAGGGCAAGUCCGUGGACUUGACCGACGAAACUCCCGCUGCUAACGAGGCGGCGCAGGAAUCUGAGCCUGUGGUGCAAUCUCCUACCGAUACUACGACUGAAAUUCUGGAGGCACAAGAUGCUCCAACCUCUGAGUCCACGAACCCGGCGGAAGGCCCCGAAGAAACGCCUAUCGAACCUGAUACUCCCGAGGUUGAACGACCCGAGACAGCAGAAGCCAUACCAGACGAGGCACCAAAGGAAGAGACUCUUGAAGCCAAGGAGGCUGACAACGAAACUCCUGCCACCGAUGUGGUUGUUGAUUCUGAGUCGAUCCCCUCCAACGAAGCAGAGGCCGCUGCCGAACCGACCGAAGAAGCUGGCAUGUCAGCCAAGGAGCGACGAAAGGCUGCCAAAAAAGCGAAGAGGCGCCAAUCCAAGAAUGUCGAUACCGAUUCACCUUCUGCUCCGGCAACCGAGUCCGCUACGCCCACCGAAGCGGCCGAUAGCGUCGAAAAGGUCCUCACAUCCACGGAAACAGAUGCCCCUGGGCUUCCAGCCGUAAUGGCAUCCUCGCCUGCGGAACAUGACGGUAAAGAACAUCAGUCCCACGACAUACAAACUUACGACGCCGCGGCGCAAGAUACGGCCUCGACUGAUAAAUACAUGUCUUCCCAGGUAGAGCAGACCUCGAUAGAGAGUCCUUUUUUAGAUUAUCCUCCCCAACCCGUGCUUGAGCGUUCAGUUGAUUCCGGCGAGUUGGUGGAGGUAAAUUCCCAACAGGAAGAAAGCGUUGUUCCUGUUGCACAAGAACCAGAGGAGGAGUUGAUUGUGCCUGCAUCUCUUGAAGAGGUGAAGGCGGUUGAUGAGGGUGAGAUUGUUGAGGAGAUUUCGUCUGUGCCGGAAGCAGAUGAUCUCUCUACGGAGAAGGUGGUUGAGGAGGUAAAGGAGGUGCCUGUGGAUGUGCCAGUUGAUGUUGUCGCUGAGGCACAGACACAGGAACCUCUUGUGGAGGAGGAGGCGUUGGAGAGCGUCGUAUCAAAGAAGCAGAAGAAGAAAAACAAAAAGAAAAACAAAAAACAAGAGGAAGAAGUUGCAACACCUGAGCCUGAGACCGCUGUGGCGGGGGAAAAGGAGCAAACUGACGCUGCGCCCUUGGUUGAGGCUGAGUCCAAAUCCACGGAAGAGGAAAUCGCUGAGGCCGAGCCUAUCGCUGAGGCCGAGCCUGAGAUUGCUGUGACACACGAACAGGAGCCGGUUGACGCUGUGCCUUUUGUUGAGGCCCAGCCUCAACCCAAAGAAGAGGAAAUCACUGCUGUUGAGCCCAUCAUUGAGCCCGAACCUGUGAGUGUUCCUGAGGAGCAACCGGCAGACCAGUCAAGAGAUGUCGAAGAGACUGUGACCGUCCAGACUCCGGAGGCGGCUGAAGAUACCAAGGAGAUCAGUGUCCCAGAAGUCGAACUGGCGGCUGCUCCCACCGAAGACUCUGAAGCCACUCCUGGAUCAAAGAAAAAGAAGAACAAGAACAAGAAGAAACAGCGCCGAUCAAUUCUUGCACAAGAGCCCGAGGCCACCCCAGAAGCCAGGGAGAUUCCAGAACCCGAGGUGGCUGAAGCCUCUGUUCCAGAGGUUGAGCCCACAUCGGACUCUGUAGUCGCCGAGGAUAAGCAGCAAGAUGAGAUUAUUGUUGAAGCAGAGCCUACGGCAUAUUCCAUUGAUAUCCCAGAAGAAUCUGCCAAAGACGUCAUCCCUCUCGCAGAGGAGAUUGUACAGCCUGUUCUAAGCGAAGAAGGCGUAAACGAAGAGCCUUCCCCUGAACUUCCGUCCACCGAAUCGAAGAUGGAUGAUCAAGGGAAGUCGAUUGAGGAAGCUGCUGAACAGCCAACAGAAAUUCUCGAGACUGAGCAACCUAUUGAGCAAGUGCUUCCUGAAGCUCCCGUUGAGCCCGAAGAGGAAUCGCCAAUAGUCUCUAAGAAGAUGAGUAAGAAAGAGAGGAAGAAGGCUGCCGCUGCCGCUGCUCUUCUCGAGCAAGAAAAGCUGGCCGAGUCACAGCCUGAGAACCAGGAGGUUUCCACAAUCACACCUCAAGCUCCAGAGGAAGUGGUAGAAUCGACCGUCACCGAAGAGCCGCAGUCUUCAGAGAUCAAGGAUGAGUCUCAACCAGAGGCGGAAACAGGCUUUGAAGAGCCAGCUGAAUUGACAGCUUCGGAACCCAAGGAAGAUGUUCCCGAGCAUGUCAUUGUGCCUUCCGAGUCUAUUGAUUCCCUCGAGCCUGAGGUAAAGCCGGAGGAAUCUACAAAGGAGAUUGCUGAAGAGCCGGCUGAAGAGCCAGCUGCUGCAGCCGAGAUCGUUACUCGGAAAAUGUCAAAGAAGGACAAGAAGAAGGCCAAGAAGCAAGGCAAGCAAGAACUUAUUGUGCCGACUUCAGUCCUAUCCGAAGAUCCUGUUUCCACCACAGAACCCGCAACUACUGAGGCUGCUCAUGAACCAGAGGCAACCCCGGAGCAGACUACCCAUGAAAUUAUUCCUGAGCCUGAGCUCGUCACCACGGAAGAGUUGAUGGAGGCUCCUCAGCCCGAGCCUGAAAACACUGAAACACACAGUCUCGAGGAUUCGAACAUCCUACGGGAAGAGAAGCCAUGUUCAGAGAGCGAAAAAGGUGAAGCAUUCGUCUCUCUAGACACAGUCGAGACACCAGCACCUGUGGAUUCCGAUCCCACUGGCCAUGGCAUCUCUCUCGGGAUCUCGGACAAGGGUACCGCCGAUGAGGGCCUUAGCUUUGAAAGUCCUGCGGAGAAUAAUGGCCAACACAACGAAACACGGAAUCUUGAGACAAUUCCCGAUUCCAAUAUCGCCAGGAGCCUGGAUGAAAACACUCAACCUGAGGAAUCUGAGGUAAUCCCGGCCCUGUCCAAGAAAAUGUCGAAGAAGGACAAGCGCAAGGCCAAGAAGAAUGCCGGAACUGCUGAAGUCCCACCCCAACCAGAGGCAGAACCUCGAGCUGAUGAGGCCGAGGUUGCUGUAGAAUCUGAGAUCCAGUCGAUGGAGCCUAAGACGGAGGAGGAGCCUCCCAAAGAGCUCGAAUUCGCAAGCUCGUCAAAAUCCAUAACUGAGCCAGAGCUGCCGAUAGAUGCCCUGAUUCCGACUGAGGAUCAACCUACACCCGAGCCUGAAGCUCAGGCUGAGCCCAUGCAAAUCGAUGCAGAGCCUGUCGUCGACGAAGAAAUUCGCCUUUCGCGGAAAGCCUCAAAGAAGAAGGGAAAGAAGGCGAAAAAGGCCAACAAGUCCCUUGAUCUCGAACCACAGGCUGAGAAUACUGUUGAUCCUAAUCAGCAUGCUUCUGCUCCGCUGUCGGAGGAAGAUCGAACCAAGACACAGGUUGCGGACACGGCAAUCGACAACGCCGCUCAUGACGACGAAGACUGGCCUGCAAUUGACUGGGAGCAAGCUAGAUAUGGAGAGUUCCAGCGAUCGAGAGACACGGAUCCUGAGCCUGAACCUGAGAUUACACUACCUGAGCCGGCGAUUAUCGGAGAAUACAUCGAAGCUUCGAGUCCUGAAGCCUUGCAACGCACCAAGUGGAAAGAGGGUGUGCACGAGAACGCUUGGGUUUUCAAAGAGCAGUCGCAGCAACCAGCCCGCCAAGUGGAGAGCCCUUCAUCGGAGACUUUCAACGACAAAGAGAUCGAGGCACCUUCCCGAACAACUACACCUGGUGGAUCUAAGAUUGCUAGCCUAUUCCCCGAGCUUGAGCGUGGGGGAUUCCGGCGAUCGGUCUUGGAGAGGAAAACAUCGUCACUAAAGGAUAGUGCUGAGGAAGAGACUGUAGCGGGCUCGGAGGUCAAUCGUGACAUUGCGAUCCCUGUCUUGGAAGCACCCCCAGCGACCGCCCAAACCAAAGAUAUUGCCACUGACUUGACCACUGAGCAACCGAUCAGCCUUGAAAGACAAAUCGAGUCCACGCUCUCUGAACUGCAAGCUCAGUCUGAGACCCCUCCUGCUACAGAAGAUGAAUCAACUAAGGAGCCUGAGUUUGCCACGCAGGAAGCAAAGUCUUCUGAUGCGCCAUUGUCAUUCAAAACGAAAGACUCUACCGAACGAUCUCUAAUGCAAUCUGAUCCCCCGGCAUCCAGUCGCAUUGAGGAACCUCCUUCUCCCACGCGACUUCCACCCCAGGCGGAAGCUGGGGAUGAUCUAUGUGAACUACGCCGAUCACCAUCUAUUCGCGGACGGCAUCAACAGACAGCCAGAACAUGGAGCCUGGAACCACCGGCUCUACAACCCUUGAGCUCUCCAUCGCCUCCUCGGUCGCUGUUCGGAGGACCGGUUGGUAACGAUUACGUCCGACCCCGGACUCCGCUUGAUACUAUCGCGGAGCAAGACCCACGGGAUGGCCAGGGAGCGACCGUGGCUCGUCGCGGGACGCCCCGCCUGGAGAUGAAGGCCGAACAUGUCUUGCCUCAACCUCAGACACCCGUCCGCAAAUUUACAGACAAUGCUUUCGAUCGCGAAGCUUGGCCUACCGAGAAAUCCAAGGGCUCUGAUGUUUUCCGAGACGACAUUCAAAAAUCACCCGAACAAGGGAUGCCCGUUCUGAAACCCAGCAACAGCAGUGGAAAAUUACGUCGUACAAACCGCAGUCUUAGCGGCGAUCUGCGGGCGGCUAGUCGAGCGCUAGACUCCCAGCCUUCGAAUCUGGAUCUUGAUCAGCUCCCGUCUUCCUCUUCUUACGACCCCGUCACCGACAAGGGCAAACGUCCGCUGCGAGAGAUGUCGGAUGUAUAUGAGGGAUGGGGUGAGACGCCGAACUCCCCGCGGUCGCCCAGCCGACCGCCUAGUGUCCGCCGUCGUCGCAGCAUGCAGCACCUGCAAGAGAUCGAAACCCGCCUCGACCAGCUCAUUUCUGAAAAUCGCCUGUUGAUCGCCGCCCGUGAUGAAGCCGAACAUAAGCUGCGACACUCCAGCGUCGCGCGCAGAAAGAGCGACCGUGCGCUCAACUCCCGCGACGGCGAUUUGCGCGACAGUCAAUCAGAGGUGGAACAAUUGAAGAACUCGGUGGAAUGGUUGCAGAAGGAGACAUCUCGUUUGACUCAAGAGAACGAGGAGUUGACAGAAUCCAAAUCUGCUCUCGCUGCCACCCAUGCAGCUGAGGUCAACGCCUUGCGCGAGUCGUCCACGCGCGAGCUUGCCGACCUGCAGUCACAACACUCCCAACUGUCGUCCCAAGUACAUGAUCGAGUUCGAGAAGAGAUUGAGUCGGCUCUUGCGCAGAAAGACAUAGAAUUGCGCCGCCUCCGUACCGAACUUGAGGAGGCUCGCGACAAGGUGAAGGAGCUACAACAACAAAUUGCAGCCUCGGUACACGACAAUGCCCUUGUCUUCCGUGAUGAAGAGUACUUCGAUGCUGCUUGCCAGAAGUUGUGUGGCCAUGUUCAAUCAUGGGUUGUGCGCUUCUCUAAGCACAAUGACAAGCGUCGCUGCCGCCCCCUCAGUGAGGUAAAGGAUGAAAAAGUUGCAGACCGUUUUGACAAUGCGCUCCUCGAUGGUUCUGAUCCCGAUGCAUACCUGUCUGAUCGCGUCCGUCGCCGCGACGUCUUCAUGUCCGUGGUCAUGACCAUGGUCUGGGAAUACAUUUUCACCCGCUAUCUCUUUGGCAUGGACCGGGAGCAGCGUCAAAAACUCAAGUCCCUUGAGAAACAACUGGGUGAAGUUGGCCCAACCCGUGCUGUGCAUCGCUGGCGAGCCACCACCCUCACACUGCUGUCCCGGCGACCAGCCUUCGCUGCGCAACGUGAGAACGACACGGAGGCUGUUACUCUAGAGAUCUUCCAAACGUUAUCCCUGGUUCUCCCUCCUCCGUCCCAUGUUGAAUCCCAGCUCCUGGAUAAUCUCCGCAAGAUCAUGCGGGUGGCAGUCAAUCUAUCCUUGGAGAUGCGCACCCAGCUGGCUGAAUUCAUCAUGUUACCGCCCCUACAGCCUGAAUACGAUACCAAUGGCGACCUUGCACGCCAAGUGUAUUUCAAUGCUGCCCUGAUGAAUGAGCGAAGUGGUCUGACCACUGACAAUGGGGAGCUCGAAGCCAAACAGUCGAUUGUGCGCAUCGUGCUCUUCCCUCUUGUCGUCAAAAAGGGCAAUGAUGUGGGCGAGGGUGACGACGAGGUUGUCGUGUGCCCCGCUCAGGUUCUUAUUGCUCGCCCCAGCAAAGACAAGAAGCUAUCAAAGAUGAUGAGCGGCGACCGCAUGUCCAUCGAUGCUACCAGGUCGGUCCACAGCGUGGCCCACAGUGUUGCACCGUCAUCUAUGAUGGACAUGAGCAAUGUGAUUUGA